AUGGCCUUCACAGACCUGCUGGACGUGCUGGGCGGCGUGGGCCGCUUCCAACUCGUCUACACAGCCCUGCUACUGCUGCCCUGCAGCCUGCUGGCCUGCCACAACUUCCUGCAGAACUUCACGGCCGCCGUGCCCCGCCACCACUGCCGGGGCCCCGCCAAACCUGCUGCAGCCGCCGCCAACAACUCUGGGGCCUGGCUUAGGGCCACCGUACCCUUGGACCAGUUUGGGGUCCCCGAGCCGUGCAGGCGCUUCACGCAGCCUCAGUGGGCCCUCCUGAACCCCAAUACCUCGAUCAGUGGGGAGGCCACGGAGAGCUGCAAGGACGGCUGGGUCUACGACCGCAGCGUUUUCCCAUCCACCAUCGUGACGGAGUGGGAUCUGGUGUGUGAGGCCCGCGCCCUCCGUGACCUGGCUCAGACCAUCUACAUGGCCGGGGUGCUGCUGGGUGCCGCCGUGUUCGGGAGCCUUGCGGACAGGCUCAGGCUGGGCCGCAAGGCCCCCCUGGUGUGGUCGUACCUGCAGCUGGCCGUUUCGGGGGCCGCCACGGCGCACUUCAGUUCCUUCACUGCCUACUGUGUCUUCCGGUUCCUGACGGGCAUGACCUUCUCUGGCAUCAUCCUCAACUCCUUCUCUCUGGUGGUGGAGUGGAUGCCCACCCGGGGCCGGACCGCGGCGGGCGCCCUGCUGGGGUUCUCCUUCACCCUGGGCCAGCUCAUCCUGGCCGGGGCGGCCUACCUGAUCCGCCCCUGGCGGUGGCUGCAGUUUGCCGUCUCUGUUCCGUUCCUCAUCUUUUCCCUCUAUUCUUGGUGGCUGCCAGAGUCAUCCCGCUGGCUCCUCCUCCACGGCAAGUCCCAGCUGGCUAUGCAGAACCUGCGGAAGGUGGCGGUGAUGAAUGGCAGGAAGGAGGAAGGGGACAGGCUGACCCAGGAGGUGGUGAGCUCCUACAUCCAGAGUGAGUUGACAAGCGUCCGCACCUCCAACUCAGUCUUGGACCUCUUCCGAACCCCGGCCAUCCGCAAGGUCACGUGCUGUCUCAUGGUGGUCUGGUUCUCCAACUCCAUGGCAUACUAUGGCCUGGCCAUGGACCUGCAGAAGUUUGGGUUCAGCGUCUACCUGGUACAGGUCCUGUUCGGGGUCAUAGACAUACCAGCCAUGCUGGUGGCCACUGCCACCAUGAUCUACGUGGGCCGUCGGGCCACACUGGCCUCCUUCCUCAUCCUGGCCGGGCUCAUGGUGAUUGCCAACAUGUUUGUGCCGGAAGAUACGCAGGCGCUGCGCACGGCACAGGCAGCGCUGGGCAAAGGCUGCCUGGCCAGCUCCUUCAUCUGCGUGUACUUGUUCACGGGAGAGCUGUACCCCACAGAGAUCAGGCAGAUGGGCAUGGGCUUCACCUCGGUCAACGCCCGCCUCGGGGGCCUGGCAGCGCCUCUGGUCACCGUGGUCGGGGAAUUCAGCGCCAUCCUGCCGCCUGUGGCCUUCGGGGCCACCUCGAUCCUGGCUGGGCUGGCCGUCUGCUUCCUGGCUGAGACCCGCAACACACCCCUGGUGGAGACCAUUGAGGUGAUGGAGAGGAGAGCCAGAGAAGGCCUUUCCAAGAAGGACACAGGGAGGAAGGCGGAAGAAAUUUCUCUUCAGCAGCUGGGAGCUUCUCCCCUCAAAGAAACCAUCUAAGGUGCCGGCACUCGGGCAGCACCCCAGCCGGUGUCCAGGCUUCCGCUGGUGCUGCCCCAGGGACGAGGUUGGCCAGGGACCAUGGCAGCUCUGCCAGCCCAUGUCGAAGAGUCACCCGCAAACUAGGUUGGGGCUGCUGGAAGAUACCAGACCAGCGGCCACCGGCGUCUCACAUGUACAGAGGUCAGGAAAGCCACACCCGUGACCAGAGGAGGGACUGCUUUCCUCUCCCUCCCCUGACUCUGCCCCUUAAAACCUCUCCACUCACUCAUUCUUGUUCCACCUGUGGAAUGCUGUGUCUUUGCAGGGUGAGGGGGGCAGUUCUGCCGCCAACUUGUCCCUGAGGAAUUGCAGAGCUCACUGUGCUCCCUGUAUGAGGCGUUACUCUCUCCUGCCUUGUAGGAUGCAAGCUCUCCAGUGUGUAUGUGACAUACCUCCUCAAGGGAGGAUGUCCGCACGCCAGAGCCCUGUCGCCCCUGGCAGUUGGCCUUACAUGGCAUGUGCUCAAUAAAUAGUUGAUGAGUAAAUGAUGAAGUCUUGGCAGUGGAGCAAGACCUCUGCCCAUCAUUGCAUUCCUAGGCAUCCCACUUUGCAGAGGAAACCCAGAGGAUUGCAUCCCUGGCACGGCUCAGUGUUCCUCUGACCUCAGGCCGGUUUCCAGCCCAGGUGUUGAACCUGUGUCUUCAUCCCUGACCUUGACCUUCAUAGGAAUUCAGAUUAGAUUCAUGAGGGAUUCAAAUCCUGGCCCACUGGGUGGCCUUGGCUAGUUUCCUUGUCUAAUCCCUUCUUCCCAGAGUUGCCUGAGAAUCAAAUGGGAUAAAGGCUCUGUCCCCUACAGUCCAAGCGAAAGCACAGAGUGGGAAAGAGGCAGGAACAUCACAGUCUGGGCAGGAAACACUGCAACCUUUUGUCAAGGUUAGUCUUUCAGUAGCUCAGCCCUUGGCACGGAGCUCAAGUGAAACUGCCCCCGAAGUGGUCCCAGGGCCCCCGCCUUGAUGCACCAAGUGCUUGGUCCUUCCCACGCUGUAGCCUCUCUUUCAACGAUCUGAUACAUGAGCUUUCCUAUUAGAAUUGCUCUCAGCUCACAGCCCUCCGCUGGUCACUAAACUUGAAAGGCAGAGGUACCCGGUCAUAUUUUAAGAUUCACUUUUGGAGUCACCUCUUCCAGGCAGCACUCUCUGACUUCCCCUGUCCACCUCUGGACUCCCAUGAUGCCUUCUGCACACCCUCCCCACUGUGUUGCAAUGGAUCCAGCUACAUGCAGGUCAUUUUUGCCUGUCCUGUGGCCUGCACGUAGUAGGUGCUAAGUUCAUACUACCGGAGCGAAUGAAAUCGGAUGCUAAAGAACAAAAGUGGCCUGUCACUCUUGAACACUGACGAAAGAGGCAGAAAAACUGAAUGGGAGACCUGGAUAAAGUAACAAGAUUUUAGAUGCAUUUAAAAAAUAUAUCUGUUAGAAACACCAUUUCAUUUUGUUUUGAUAUUUUAUUUAUUUAUUUUUAGAGAGAGGGAAAGGGAGGGAGAAAGAGAGGGGGAGAAACAUCAAUGUGUGGUUGCCUCUCACGCACCCUCUUCUGGGAACCUGGCCUGCAACCCAGGCAUGUGCCCUGACUGGGAAU